ACGAGGUUGUCACAGCAACGAAUAAACAUCGCUGACAAUAUUUUUUAUAAACAACUUUUGUUUUGCUUCUCUAUUAUUUGCUUAACGUUUAUUAUUUAUCAGAUUAGAUUAUUUAAAUUCAAUUUACAAAAUGGAGGCAGAUGAAGAUGGCUUUGAUUCCGCUCGCGGGAUUGGAUCGGGGACUACGGAGGCUGAGAAAGAAUUUGAAAAGGUUUUGGAACAACUACGUGAGGCUGAAGGAAUGAAAUAUUAUUCCGAUGUCUACACAAAGCUUUACGAUUCCUAUUUUAAACUAAAAGAAGAGAAUUGCACACAAAAUGAACACAUCACUGCGUUAAAGACAAAGCUGGGUCGUUUUGAUGACACCGUAUCGGAUUACAUUACAGAAUUAUCAGACGCUCAGAAGAACAUUGAACGAUUAAUGGCUGAAAUUGAGGAGGCAAGAUGCUUAGCAGACGCGAUGCACGCGCGGGAGUUGGCCAGUGUCGAGAGUUUGGAUACAAUGAAGAAAACAUUAACAAAACUGGAGAAAGAGUUGGACGCGAGAAAACGCGCCGGAGAAGAUGAUGCCGGUGCAACAUCAGCUGUGAAAGAAAAGGAGAGGUUCGAGAAAGAGAAAGCACGUCUCCAGGGUGAACUGGACGGCAUCAAACUGCGGUUGGACAAUGCACUCGGCUACAUUGAGGAUCUGGAGCACAGGAACACGGCUGGAGAGGAGAGUAUUGCUAAACUAGAAGAGAAGCUUGAGGACGCAGAGAACAAUGCAGUGCGACAGAACAGACUGGUAGAUUUCAUAAAAUCUGAAUCCGCAACACUUAAGGCUGAGAUGGAACAAAGAGGUUUGAUCAUCAGCAAUCUCAAUGAUAAGCUGAGCAGAGCAGAGAAGGGUAUAGAACGUCGCGAGAAGCAGCUGAACAGCAUGGGUAACAGGCUGGAACUGGCCCAACGCGAACAAGAGGAAGCGACGGCACGCGCCGCAACUUUGAGAGAACAUCUGGAUAACGCCAACAUAAAGUUGGAACAGACAAAACAGACGCUCAUAUCUACCACUAAGGAGUUAAAGAACAGUACCGAUGACAACAAUAGAAUGAGGAACGAUAUCUCAAAGCUCCGCAAACAGUUGGUGCAGCAAACCAAGAAGUACCAACUUUUGGAGCAGGCAAAAGCAACCAUGGAAUCUGAAAGGGAACGUCUGCGUCAACAAGUGAGUGUUAUGGAGAGGGAGAUAAUGCUGGGCAACAAGCACGCGGAGGCCGAGCGGAGGGAGAUUGAAAACUUAAACAGAGAGAAGGACAUUCUCAACAAGAACAUACAGAAAAUUCAGAACGAGGCGAUGGAGAACCUGCAGCUGCUGAACCUGCAGGAGCAGAGGCGCAAGCAGCUGGAGCACGAGGUGGAGGUGAGCAACGCGCAAGUCAACAAGCAGCGCCUCGUCAUACUGCAGAUGGAGAAGGACAAGGACAGGAUGUUGGAAGAAACAAUAGCUCUUAAUGACAAGAUAGAUGAGAUAACAGAGGAGGUGCGUCUCCGAACCGCGGACAUAUUGGACCUGAACAAGGCAUUACGAGAGGAAGCCAUCAAGAGUCGCAAACUCUCAGUUUCAUUGGACGCGACACGCACUGAGAGGAACAUGCUGUAUAAAAAUUAUACAGAAGCGGUCGACGAAAUACAAGAUCUAAAGCAGAAACUGAAGAUGUUAGCGUACCAGAUCGAGCAGUUGAAGGAGGACAUCAGCGGCAAGGAGUCGGGGCUGAAGACGUGCGAGGGCGUGCUCGCCAAGUGCAACAAGAAGAACGAGCAGCUGCGGGGCGAGGUGCAGGCGGGGCUGGCGCACCUGGCGGAGGCACGCGCUGACAUCACUGCGCUGCGCCAGGAGGAGGCGCGCCUCAAUAGGAUCAUACAGGAGAGUGACGUGGCUCGUGCCAAGCUGAUGAAGGAUCUGGACGGCAUGAUGAACGAGCGCGAUGUGGUGGGCGCUCAGCUCGUGCGUCGUAAUGACGAGAUCUCUCUGCUCUAUGAGAAGAUACGCAUCCUGGAGGUCACCUUGCAUAGAGGAGAACGUCAGUACGAGCAGCGCGUUGAAGACAUCCGCCUUCUUCGCCUGGAGAUAAUGAGGCUGCGCAAAGAGAAGAAUCUACUGUCUAAAGGAAUUGAGAACAUGACUGAUUUGAGAUUAGAGGUGUUCAACUUGGAGCGCGAGCUGGGCAGGUCGCGGCUGCGAGUGCGCGCGCUGGAGGAGGCGCUGGAGACACCGCUGAAUGUGCACCGCUGGCGCAAGCUGCAGGGCACCGACCCUGACAGUGUCACACUCACACACAAACUGCGCCUCACACAGAAGAAGGUGUUGGCUCAGAGCGAGCAGCUGGUGCUGAAGGACCGCGAGCUGAAGGAGACCAGGAACCUGUACGGCGCUGUGAAGGACAUGCUCGCUCUGCAGCCCAGCCCAGAGAUACAGCAAACAUUGAACCGGACGCAGCGUGCGCUUGCGCAGCGCACCACAAAGAUGAAAUGCCUCAUAGCUGAAUUAGCAAUGCGCGAGAAUCAAGUGACUGAUCUGAGACGUGAAUUAGAUCGAACGAAUGGAGAUUUACAUUCGUUCAAACAAAAAUAUUACGAAAUGAAGCGAGCUCUCGACGCGGACGAGGCGCGGCGACUGAAAGUACCAACUCCGCUGCAUCCAACUACACCUACACUGCAAGAGAUUACAUAAAUAUGUCCUGAUUCUGUGUUGAAUUGUAAAAACACAAAUUAAAUGAUUUGUAAAUAUUGUGCAAUUGCAUUUAAAAUUUAACUAAAAAUAUACCCUUGUUCAUUGUUAUUCGUUUUUCUAACUAAGUCGUUAAAUCAUGUCAGAGCCCCUAAAUGUAAUUUAGUUGGAAAGUCUAGUCCAUUUAUCCCAUCUCAUAUAACUUGGCCUGUGAUUGGCAAUUUCAUUUUGUAAUGCGGGAUAUAAGACAAAAUAAAACGCAUUCAAGUAAUUAAUCCGAAAACAAUAGUUUUAUUUAAGAACUUUCACUUUCUCAUAAAAUAUACACAUUGUUUUGUCAUUAACUAAAACUGUAAGUAAAUACUAAUUUUUAAAUACCAAUUUCUCACGUCCGUAGCGGGCUGGGCCGGGGCCCGGCGCCUUGCGACUUGCUGUCGGCAGCGCAUUUACAAAUCCGUAUCACUUAAUUCUAUUUAGACAAAAAAAAUGAAAAAAAAAACUAAUCAAACCAUAGCGUGAUUU